AAAGUGUCUAGGUUUCGAGGGAAAAGCCAAUAUGAAAAUAUAUUUUGUAACUGCUUUUAAAUACACUUAAUAUUGUAAUUAAUUAGCAUACUUACACGUAAUCUGUGAGACUUUAAUGUAAAGAGUUACCAAACAGGAGAGAAGGCACGCUGUUUCCCGGUGGAGAUUGAUGAGCAUCCCCCUCCCCAGAGCUCCUGGUGUUUCUAUAGUAAUUUCCAGCCAAUGAUCAGUUGGUGUCCACAUCCCCAUCCUCCUCACCUCAGCACCAAUCAGCCACACACAGCGACAGGAGACACCUCACCUCCAGUCAUCGCUCCACGGACAACAGGCUCAACCCGGACGCCAUCACAAACAUAUACCUUUUCUUCUACUUUUCUUCGCAUGAAGAAUGGCGUUUUGUGCGUAAAGAUGGUGUUUUUGUAGUGAUCACUCGGCGUGUGUUUAUUGUGUAUUCAUCGCAGUAAUGUGCUGCUCUAGUGUCUGGAUUGUCUGUGGAGUGGAUAAACCAGGAUGGUAACGUGUUGUGUCUAACAAGCUUCACCUUGACAAAAAACAACUGCAACCCUCCCCUGAUUUUUUCUUUUGAGCACUUGAAACUUAGCAGUCAUGUCUAAUCUUAACAAUGCACUUUGCAUUGAAAGCGGUCAGAGCACUGACGUGUCACUCUUGCAAAAGGAUAAUCUUCAGGAUGGUGGAUUAAGCCAGCUGUUGGAUUACAAUGCUGAAAUGGAAAGGUACAGGUCGUUUGCAAACUUUUACAAAACCAAUGGGGCAUUUCCACAGACCGCUAAAAUUGCCCGCAUAACGACACCAAUUUUUCCCAGUGCCAGAAUCGGCGUGUCCCCUUGGAACUGUGAUAACGGCAUGCUCUGGGGAAGGAAAUCAGCAGCAAUAAACCCUAAUAGGACCAGCAUGCAUAGAAACGACUCCCAAAGGCCGGGGAAACCUGGCGUGCCGCCAGAGACGCUGCAAAUGGCAAAUAAUAAUUUCCUCUCUAGCUUAUCCCCUGAACACUGCAGACCUUUAGCAGGAGAAUGCAUGAACAAGCUGAAAUGCGGUGCUGCUGAAGCAGAGAUAAUGAAUCUCCCGGAACGUGUUGGAACUUUUUCCGCUAUUCCGGCUUUAGGGGGCAUCUCAUUACCUCCCGGGGUCAUCGUCAUGACAGCCCUUCACUCCCCCGCAGCCUCAGCAGCCGUUACAGACAGUGCGUUUCAAAUUGCCAAUCUGGCAGACUGCCCACAGAAUAAUUCCUCUGCAUCCAGUGGAAACCCAGCGAAAAAGAAAAGGAAAAGGUGUGGGGUCUGCGCGCCCUGCAGGAGGCUAAUCAACUGUGGAGUGUGCAGCAGUUGUCGGAACCGUAAGACGGGCCACCAGAUCUGCAAGUUUCGGAAAUGCGAGGAGCUAAAAAAGAAGCCUGGCUCAUCACUAGAGAGAACGCCAGUAAACAACGGGGAAGCAUUUCGAUGGUUCUUUUAGGACUCUGAACCAAGUGACAUCAUAUGCAGUGAUGCCACAGACUCGCCACAAAAAGAACUUGCAGGGCUACAAGGACCCAAAAAGCCCAGACUGUGGAUGACAGAGCAUGAGAGAGGGUGGGACAAGCUAAAUAAAAAUGUUAAAAAAAAAAAAAAAACCUUUGUAAUUUUAUUUCCUGUGUAAUUAUUAUUGUACUUUUGGCAGCAUCAUAAUGUAUAUUUUUCAGUGUAUGUCAGUGUGUUUUAGUGUCUUGGCUGUGCACGUUGCAGCCAUUCUUGUAAAGAACUGAGUAGACAAUCAUUACAAACAGAAGAAAAUAAUAUCAACCAAUGGACUAAUGGCCAAUGAGAUCACAACUCUCUUUAAAACACAACACAUACUUUUAGAUCUGAUGCAAUAAUCAUAAACGUAAUUGUUCCCUGCCUUCAUAUUCCAAGCUUUCUAUGGAAUGAUCUUAAGAAUACCUCUUUUCACUUAAACCAACAAAUUUGAGAGGACACGUUGCGACCACCACUAUUAAUGUGAUGUUUUGUAAUUGACACGCUGUGUACAAACAGUAAACAAAAGCCAGUAAGUUUCUUUCUUUUCAGCUGUGUUGAUUUUAUGUGGCAUAUUGCAGUGCAGGGCACAUUUUUUUGUUACCAUGAUGCACUUUUAAAAGUCUGGUAUCACUGAGAGAAGGUGAUUUAAGGUUGUUUGUAUAGUCUCUCAAAGUUCAAUUGCAUUCCAUUUAGUUUUGGUUGAAUCUGUUUAAAAAGCUGCCCAAAGGUAGGUAGAGAACCAGUAAAGAACUUUCGUGAACAUCACAGUAAGAUUUGUGACAUGCGUUUUUAUUCUCACAACACAGUAAACUACACAUUCCAAAAUUAAUUAUCCAAUAAGUCGCUCAUUGUCUUUACCCUAAUGUUGCAUGUGUAAAUGUGUUUUUGUUUUAAAGAUAACUAAAAAUUUGUAUAUUGUUGUUGUGAUGCUUUUACGUGUUCAAAUAAUAAAGGAAACAAAAAAAAAUGUGAGAAAUGUUAUUUGA